GGGCAAUGAAUUUGGGCUCAAAAUAUAAUUUUGAAAUCUAUGGCACAGGCAGUGCAAAGACUCCUGCUUGUGCCAGGCCUCUGAACCGUUCAGUAUGGAGCACAACAGGGCCCUCCGCAUCUAUAUCACGGAACACUGGUAGCAGCUCUGGGGAAUAUGGCAGGAUGUCCAGUAUCAGUCAUUCAGCUGUGUCAACCCUACCUAAUACCACUCUCAUGUCAUCGGCUAGUACAAGUACAAGUAGGGCCCCACAGAGGGUUAACAGCUCAGGGAGAUCAUGGUGUUACACCCAGCUCACAUCAAGCAGCGGAAGACUGAGGACUCCUGGUAGGACCCCUGGGAGAACCCCUGGGUCUAGGAGUACAGUAUUUGGCAGUUCAAGUACAGCUCUUGGUGUCAACCCUCAGUCAUCUGUUCUUGUUGCAAUUGUGGAAGGGAGAGGAAUUGCACAGGGAGAGAUAGGGAUGGCUAGUAUUGACCUCAAACAGCCUGAACUGAUACUCUCACAGUUUUCAGAUAGUCAGACCUAUGUGAAAGUAACAACAAAGCUACAAGUAUUGCAACCAAUUGAGAUCAUUAUGUCCCAUACAGCGUGUGAAGGAGGAGCAAUGACAAAGCUUUUCAAGCUUAUCAGUGAUAAUUUUCAGGGUCUUGAUGUGACGACGAUUCAGCGCAAAUAUUUCAAUGAAACAAAAGGACUGUCAGUGGUCAAGCAGUUGUGUGUUGCAGACUUCAGUUCAGUGGAAAUGGAAAUCACAUCAAAGUACUACUGUCUGGCAGCAGCUGCUGCUCUUCUGAAGUAUGUAGAGUUCAUCCAGAAUUCUGUGUAUGCACCAAACUCACUGAAAGUGGUCUUCAGAGGGAGUGAACAGUCAGCUGUAAUAGAUGCAGUUACAGCAAGAAAUCUGGAGUUGGUUCAAAACCGGAAAGACCCCAAGAGUGACCACACUCUGUUUGGUGUUCUCAAUUACACAAAGACAAUGGGAGGAGCUCGUUUGAUGCGGUCAAACAUCUUACAGCCUCCAUUUGAUGAAGAAACAAUCAAGCUUCGCCUGGAUGUUGUGGCUGAGCUAACAGAGAAUGAGGAACUCUUUUAUAAUUUGCAGUCAGUUCUGUCCAGGUUCCUCGAUGUGGACCACCUACUGUCAUUGUGUGUCCAAAUACCAAAGGAGGAAUCUGUGAAAUCGUCUGAGCAGAAGAUCACCAAUGUCAUCCACCUGAAGCACACGCUGGAGCUUGUUGAGCCCCUGCAUGUGGCCCUGCAGUCAGCCCAGUCCAAACUCCCUCAAGCCUACCACAAGACUCUGCAAGAUACUCGCUUUCAACAGAUCUUGGAGAAGAUUGCUACAGUGAUUAAUGAUGAAACCAGAUAUCAGAAAGGCACUCUUAACAUGAGGACUCAGAAGUGCUUUGCUGUUAAACCUGAAAUUAAUGGUUUACUUGAUGUGGCAAGAAGGACUUACACAGAACUAGUCGAUGACAUUUCUGAGAUGAUCAAGCAGCUAUCGGAUGAGCAUGGUCUUAUGCUCAGGACAAGCUACAGCACAGCGAGAGGUUUCUUCAUUCAGCUUUACUGUAAGGGCAAAUACAGCAUCCCCGUGGAAUCACUACCGCCUGUCUUCAUCAAAGUGGUGAAAGCUAAAAAUACCCUGAGCUUCACCACCACUGAUCUGAUCAAAAUGAAUGACAGGGUGAGAGAAUCACUGAAUGAGAUAUACCUCAUGACCAAUGUUGUGGUCAGCCAAUUACUGAAUGACAUCCGAGAGCAUGUAGGGUGCCUCUACAAACUAGCCGAGUGUGUUUCAGUUAUUGACAUGCUUGUCUCGUUUGCCCAUGCAUGCACUCUCUCAGACUAUGUGAGACCAGACUUCACUGAUACGUUAGCCAUCAAGCAGGCAAGGCAUCCCAUCCUCGACAAGAUCUCCUUUGAUCCGCCCGUUCCAAACAACAUUUAUGCAUCAGAGGAGGGUAACUUCCUUAUCAUCACUGGUCCAAAUAUGAGUGGCAAGUCUACGUACCUGAAGCAGAUAGCGCUGCUUCAGAUCAUGGCUCAGAUAGGUUGCUUCGUACCAGCAGAGUACGCUUCAUUCAGGAUCUGUGAUCAGGUCUUCUCAAGGAUCGGGUGUGACGAUGACAUCGAAACCAACGCUUCCUCCUUUACACUAGAGAUGAGAGAAAUCAAUUACAUUGUGCAGAACUGUACUCAUGAAUCCCUGGUCAUUAUUGAUGAGCUUGGAAGAGGCACUAGUAGCGACGAAGGUGUUGGGAUCUGCCAUGCUAUCUGUGAAUACCUCCUCAGUCUCAAAGCAUUCACAUUCUUUGCAACACACUUCAUGGAACUCACCAACCUCGAUGCUCUCUACCCCAAUGUUGAAAACUACCACUUCCAAGUGGAGCAGUCUCUAGCUGAGGGUGAGGACAACAACAGGCUCAGCUACACUCACAUCCUGUCAAGAGGAAGAACAACAGAACAGUACUAUGGUAUCAAGCUAGCAGAGAUAUCCGCACUACCACCUUCAAUCGUCAGAGAGGCCAAGGCACUGUCACAAAAGCUGGCACACCAAAGGAAGGCCCAAAAAGAAUCUGUCAAGAAGGACCAGAAGAUGCGACCACUGUUCAGACUAGCCAACAGACUGAUCCAAGCUGCAAGGAGUUCCAAGUUAGACCAAGCUGGUCUAAGAGAAUACCUUAAGGUACUCAAGGAGAGUUACUUCAAGGAGAUGAGAUCUUCAGAGGAGUGAUGUCAUCAGGGAGCCCAGAAUCUCAUACUUCUGUUUCAACUGGCUACCAGACCAAUAAAAGCUACAAGGAGUUCCAAGAUUCAUUUAAGAGUGUACCUUAAGGCCCUUAAGAAGCACUGAGCUACUUCGUAGAGUUGGGGUCUUUUGAGGAAUGAUGUCAUCAGGAGACCAGAAGCUCAUACUUGUGUUUCAACUGGCAACAGACCAAUAAAAGCUAUAAGGAGUUCCAAGAUUGGUCUAAGAUUUAUCUUAAGGCCCUUGAGGAGCACUGAGUUAUUUUGUAGAGUUGGGGUCUUUUGAGCAAUGAUGUCAUAUCGGGAGCCCAGAAUCUCAUACUUCUGUUUCAACUGGCUACCAGACCAUGCAAUCAAAGCUAUAAGGAGUUCAAAGAUUGGUCUAACAUUGUACCUUAACGCCCGUAAGGAGCCCUGAGCUACUUUGUAUAGUUAGGGUCUUUUAAGGAAUGAUGUCAUCAGUAGACCAGAAUCUCAUACCAUUGUUUCAACUGGCUAACAGACCAAUCAAAGCUACAAGGAGUUCCACGAUUAGUCUAAGAUUGUACCUUAAGGCCCUUAAGGAGCACUGAGCUACUUCGUAGAGUUGGGGUCUUUAGAGGAAUGAUGUCAUCAGUAGACCAGAAUCUGAUACUUCUGUUUCAACAGGCUACCAGACCAAUCUAAGCUGGACCACAAUGGCUGCAGUACAGAGAGUACCGGUACAUUAAGUCUCUCAAGGAAAGCUUCAUCAAGGAGCCCACCAUUCAAAGAGGUUCACACCGUCUUAAUGGAUCAAGAACCUCCAGGGACCCGUUUCACAAAGCCUUUUUUCAAUGACAAAUGACAAAAAUCAGUGACAGAUCUGCU